CAUGGAAUCAUCACCUUUCAAUAACUUCCCAUUCAGUAUGUAUGUGUGAGUUUAAAGUGAACGACCAUUGCAAAAUAGUUUUGUGACUAUCAACAUGAAUGACGAAGAGGUUUUUGAGAAGCCUGAAUCCCAAAUCUUGUACCGGCAGUCCUCUUUGGAAACUAGACCUUCACCAACAGGGUAUGAGCCGGAUGAAGAGUUAGAAGUUCUUCCGAAAAUAGUUGAUUACACCACGAAAAAAAACGUCGAUCCCAAUAUUGGGGUGCAAAACCUCGUGUUCAAAGAUGACCUCACUCAGGGUAGAAAGCCACCGGUUUCUAAAAAACCAGACCUCUCUAAGAAGCCAAUGAUAAUUAUAGGAAAUGCGGACAGGUCGUCACAAUCGCAAAUAGAUAUGACAGAGGAAACGCCAGUGGGUCUAAUGAAAACGUUGUCCUCGAAGGCGAAAGGAAACAAGAAAGUUCCAGAAGAGGAAUUUGAAAAAGACACAAUGAAUACAAUGCGACCAAAAUCUCCUGGUCCUAGGCCUGUUCCAGUAAAAGGGGAAAAAGACGAAUCUAUUUGGGAUAAGCUGGGUACUCUUGGCCGAAAGAAACGUAUAAAGGAAGUUCAAGAAGUGCAAGCAGAAGGAAAAUAUGCCAUCGAUUCACCUGGAUGCCCCACUGCCCCAGUCAUACCUCCCGAAGAUUACAACCUCGACGACAAUGAAGAAGUGUGCAUGGUUGAUGGCAAAACUUAUGAGAAUCCCAAGUUCAUGGAACUGCAGAACGUUCUCAAAGACUGGAUAAAUGAUGAACUGGCCUCACACAGGAUAAUUAUCCAAGAUUUGGCAGAAGAUCUUUAUGAUGGUCAAGUGUUACAAAAACUACUAGAAAAAUUGACGGGAGAUAAAUUGGAUGUACCGGAAGUCACUCAAUCAGAAGAGGGACAGAAACAGAAGUUAACAGUGGUUCUUAACCACUUCAAUCAAGUCUUAGGAAUCCAAAGGAUAACUCAUAACAAAUGGAACGUCGAAGCUAUACAUUCCAAAAACAUUGUAGCCAUCAUACACUUGCUGGUAGCCUUGGCAAGGCAUUUCAGACCCCCGGUAAGAAUGCCAGAGCACGUUUCAGUCGAAGUUGUUGUUGUACAAAAAGUUAAGGGGCAACUCACACACAAAAGAGUCUGGGAAAGUCUUACUAAGACUUACGACGAUGUCGGAAUGAGAUGUGAGCGAGAUGCUUUUGACACAUUGUUUGAUCACGCUCCUGAUAAAUUGCAAGUCGUUAAGAAGUCAUUGGUUACUUUCGUCAACAAACACUUGAACAAGAUGAACUUUGAAGUCACUGAAAUCGAGAGUCAAUUCCACGAUGGCGUUUACUUGAUCAUGCUGAUGGGGCUUUUGGAAGGGUUCUUUGUGCCGCAUUAUACUUUCCACUUGACUCCUCACGAGUUUGACCAGAAAGUUCACAAUGUUAGUUUUGCCUUUGAACUCAUGGAGGAGGUUGGUCUGCAAAAGCCCAAAGCAAGACCAGAAGAUGUGGUGAAUAUGGAUCUCAAGUCAACUCUCCGUGUACUGUACAAUCUUUUCCUCCGUUACAAGACAUUAAAUUAAUAAACCAGUGCAAUGUUUUAACAGGAAUGGGUGCCUUAUACUGCCUCGAAUUUUUGAAUGUAGGAACUAAAAUAGUCUUGGAACUUAUUUACAAAAUGUUAUUCACUAUUUUACUAAUGUACAUAUAUUUUUAAUGUAAUUUAUUUAAUGUGAAUUCUAAGUAUCUGCAAAUGAUUUUUAAUGCGUUGAAAAUACUCACUUCUUUACUUUGAUGUAGCGAUAUUUGUGAGACUUACAGAUACUUAGUUAACGUUAGUAUUGACAUGCUAAUAAAAAAACAUAGUAACAACA